AUGAAUGUGCUGAUUGUGGACUUGUACUACACAACCCCGGCCACGGCUAUGGCCGCGAACAACCUGGUGCGCUGCUGUCUCGGUGCGGGCGCCGCCGCUGCGGUGAACCCAUUGAUUGGGCGGGUAGGUGUGAAGUAUGCUUAUAUUGUCGUGUCAAGCGUUGUAGCGGUGGUGAUUCCGUUGCUCAUGCUUGUUUAUUCUAAGGGCUGGGCGUGGCGACGAGCACAAAUGGAGCCGCCCUAG